AUGCAACACGGAUCUGUAGGUCUUCACCUACUUCUCCUCUUCCUCCUCUUCUUCCACCCUCUGUCCUCAGCUGACCUGGAGGAGGUGGAUGAAGUGCCAGUGGAGGUCAUCGUUGACAGCUCCCCCUGCAGCACCACCUGUGGGCUGGGGGUUAAAACCCAAACCCUGUGUUUACUGAAAGAUGGCAAGACAGCAAUGGAAGAAGAUGUGAGGAGUAAAGACGGAACAGAGGUGUCAGAGGAGUGUCACGUCCGCAAGGUGAAGUGUCGGGAGCCAUGGCAGUGUGGCCUCAGGACAAUGACUGUGACGUCAGGACAGAGAGUGGAGAUUGACUGUCUGGGAGAAGUCAUGGAGGCGAUGGGGAGGUUCUCGUGGAGGGUGUUAUGGCGUUACGCCCGAGGAAUCAUCAGCUCCGACGACUCUCUGUUCGCUCGCUGGGAAGCUCCUCAGCUGGACCGAGUGAUUCUGGACCCUGUCAGAGAGGAAGACGCAGGUACUUAUCGCUGUGAUGUGCUGGAUGCUGUCUUCCACCGGGUGAAGAGGGUGUACUGGGGGAUCCGAGUUUUACCUGCUGGGGUUCUCAAUCUGGACUAUGAAAGCUCUCUGGCCCACUGGGAUUCGACUGUAACCCAGCAGAACGAGACCGUGUCAGACCGGCAUGACCACAGGAUGAUGGUCCUUCUUCACACAGUGCUGAUCCCCCUGAGCUUUGCAAGUAUUGGGGCUGGACUGAUACUGAGCCUCUGCUGUACUCUCUCAGAGCCACAGAUGGGAACAUCUGAGGAGGAGGAGAAGGAGGUGAAGUUCAAAAACCAACCCAGAUGA